AUGGUCUCACUAUUCCAUGGCAAAGCCCUUCGGGUGGCUCAGGCGCUGCUCAUUGUCGCUCCUGCAUUUAUUGUCUUCGGUUAUAACCAAUCGGGACUGGGACCCCUCGCAACAUUGCAGAGUUGGGUGGAAGUCUUUCCUGAAAUCGACACUAUCAACACGGAGGGUGCCCAGCGCUCAAAGAACUCUACCAGCAAAGGUGUUGUAAUUGCCUCUAUGCAACUUGGUGCCCUUGUGGGAGCUCUAUCGUGUACAGCAUUCGGUGACCAAAUCGGUCGACGCAAGACUAUCUUCCUCGGUGGUAUCCUUACAAUCAUUGGGCAAUUACUACAAACUGCCGCCUACGGUCUUCCCCAGUUUGUCGUUGGCCGUGUCAUUCUUGGUCUUGGUAUUGGUCAAUUCAGUGUUGCUGUACCUGUCUGGCAAUCUGAAUGUACAUCCGCCAAACAUCGUGGGCAACACGUUAUUGUUGACGCAAAGUCAGCGGCUCUCUGCAAUGGCGCGUUCCGCUGGUUGUCUCAUUUUCUCUUCUCGCUGGUCGUCUUGGCCUCGGUAUUCCUGCUUCCCGAGUCCCCUCGAUGGCUUGUCAGCGUUGGCCGUAUUGAAGAGGCCACCGAGAGUCUUGCUGCCUACAAGGGCGUCCCGGAUGACGAUGAGUCGGUUCGUGUUGAAAUCUCUGGUAUCGAGACCUCGCUGGAGGUUUCGGCCGAUAGCGCUUCUCUAAGGGAUAUCUUCAACUUUAAUAAGCCUGACGAGGAGCGUCUGCUAUACCGCUUCUGCUUGUGUGUUGCGCUGCAGUUCUUCCAGCAAAUGUGCGGUGGUAACUUGAUCUCCACAUACAUCUCCACCAUCUUCGAAGAGGACCUGGGAAUGACUAGUGAUCUUGCCCGCAUUCUGAGCUCGUGCGCUAUGACCUGGAAGUUCCUGUGCUCUUUUAUCGCUUUCUUCGCCAUCGACAGACUCGGUCGCCGAAAGAUCUUCAUGAUUAGUGGUGCGGGCAUGUGCGUCUGCAUGACGGUCCUGGCCAUCACGAACAGCUUCAAAGGUAACCGUGCUGCAUCGAUCACAUCUGCCUUUUUCAUGUUCCUCUUCAACAGCUUCUACCCCGUCGGGUUCCUCGGUGGAAACUUCCUCUACUGCACUGAGGUUGCACCUAUGCGUCUACGUGUCGCCAUGUCCGCCAUCUCAACCGCCAACCACUGGCUGUGGAACUUUGUGGUUGUCAUGAUCACACCGGUUGCCCUCAACACUAUCGGGUACAAGUAUUAUAUUGUGUAUGCCGUCAUUUCAGCAUGUAUUCCCGUCUCAGUCUACUUCUUUUACCCCGAGACUACGAACCGCAACCUCGAGGCUCUGAACCAUGUGUUCCGUGAUGCCUCGACACCUUGGCAGAUUGUCAGUAUGGCUCGACACCUGCCACAGGGUGAAGCUGCUGAGGUGGAUGUGUGGAUGCGGGCAGAGGAGAAGGGGGCUGAGAUUGAGCAGAAGGAGAACGCUUAA